UGGGCAGAUUGGUGGUCUUAUGAAGGUAUAUCAGGUCCUGAAUAUUGGGGGUUGAUAAAUCCAGAUUGGUUAUUUUGUAACAAAGGAAAGAAUCAGUCACCAAUUAACAUAGAUCCUAAAGCCUUAUUAUUCGAUCCAUCGUUAGAAAAACUGCACUUUAAAGGAAACGAGUUUACUGGCUACCUUGUUAAUAAUGGUCACGAUAUUACCUUCGAAAUUGAAGAGUUGCGAUGGAAGGGGGUUAAUAUCUCCGGUGGUCCGGUAUCCUAUAAUUACAGAGUCAAAGAGAUAAAGCUUCAUUUUGGUACCAAUAAUAGUUAUGGUUCGGAACAUUCUAUCAAUGGUAAAGUCUUCCCUGCCGAGAUACAUAUCUUGGCUUAUAACUCCGAUCUAUAUGAAGACAUUAGAGAAGCGGAGAAUUCUCCCAGGGGAGUUUUAAUAAUAGCAUUAUUCGCUCAGAUAGCCGAUGUUAGUCAUGGUGAAUUUCAAAUUUUAGUUAAAGCCAUGAGCAACACAAAAUAUAAAGGUGAUAAGAGUAGAAUUAAAGAGUUUUAUUUAUCUAGAUUAUUGCCUCCAACAGACUAUUUCAUUACAUAUGAUGGGUCGUUAACUUCUCCUGGAUGUUUUGAAACUGUUACAUGGAUCAUUUUUAACAAGCCAAUUUACAUCAGUAAACGCCAAAUAAAAGAAAUGAGAAAGUUAAAUCAAGCUAGUAGAAAUAAUCCCCAGAUGUUAAUGGCGGGAAAUAUACGACCUAGACAGCCGAUUAAUCAAAGAACAGUUAGAACUAAUAUCAAUUUUGUAAGUUCGACUUCAUACUGA